CUCUCUCUCUCUCUCUCUCUCACACACACACACACACACAGACACACAUGCGCGCGCGCGCGCGAGAUAUGACUCAUUAUCAGUUUUCUUUGAAUAUCAAGUUCAUUUAUUUCGUGGAUUUGGGUACUGAUAGACCGUCAUUCGGCGCGCGCGCGUGUGUUUGUGGCUCGUGAACGUUCCUUCCGGCUGACAGAAAAACAAAUGCCGGUUUGUUUUGUUUAAUCGAUCAUGAGAAUCUUGAAACUUAACGGAAAAAACGGGGAGAAAACCUUUCUAUAGGAAGAAGAGGGCUAUUGACGGUGAAUAGAUCAGACUCCUGGUUUCCUACGUCAUCAACAUAUCAAACCGUGGGAACAGGAUGGAGAAGCUGCUGAAUCAGUGGUUGUGGUCGGAGGAGUUCUGGCUCCCCCCAAACAUUACGUGGCAUGACAUUGAAGGCACAACGGGGAGCAGUCACCAACCUCUUCCUCGUGACCUGCUUGUUGCACUUCCUCUGGCACUGGGGUUCAUCGCUGUCCGCUUUGCUUUCGAAAGGGUGGUGGCUCUACCCCUAAGCAGGAAGCUGGGAGUGUUUGACAGGGUGCAGGUCCGAGUGCCACACAAUCCCAAGCUGGAGGCUUUUUACUCACAGAGGAAGAAACACUUUACACAGAGUGAGCUCAUGGGUCUAGAGAAGCAUUGUGGCCUCACGCAACGUCAGAUUCAUAACUGGCUCAGGCUUCGCCGCAACCAGGAUAAGCCGAGCAACACCAAGAAGUUCUGUGAAGCUUCGUGGAGGUUUGUUUUCUACCUCAUCGCAUUCAUGGCAGGACUCGCUGUCUUGAUUGAUACAGCCUGGUUUUGGGACCACCGGGAGUGCUGGCGUGGAUACCCCAAACAACCUGUGGCCAAGUCGCACUAUUGGUACUACAUUCUGGAGCUCAGCUUCUACUGGUCAUUGCUGCUGUGUGUCUCUGUGGACGUCAAGCGCAAAGACUUCAAAGAGCAGAUCAUCCAUCACAUUGCCACCGUCUCACUGAUUAGCUUCUCCUACUGUGACAACUACAUUCGGGUUGGUACAGUUGUGAUGCUGCUGCACGAUUCAUCUGACUUCCUGUUGGAGUCUGCUAAGAUGUUUAACUACGCUGGCUGGAAGAAGACAUGUGACAGUCUGUUUGUUGUUUUUGCUGUCGUUUUCCUGGGAACUCGCCUUUUUGUCUUUCCUUGCAGUCCUCACCCACAUGAGACAUCACCAUUCCCACAAGAGACAAACUGCAAUUGGCACAGGGUGCUCUACUCAACUUUUGUGGAGUCACUGAAUUUCUUCAAGCCAUUUCCUGCUUAUUACCUCUUCAAUGGCCUCCUGCUGGUGCUCCAGGCACUGCACAUUUUCUGGGCUAAUCUCAUUCUAAGGAUGCUCUACAAAUUCGUCUUCUUGGGCAAAGUGGAGAGGGAUGAGCGGAGUGAUGAGAGCGAUGUCGAGGAGGAGGGAGAGGACAACGGCAUGGAGGAAGAGUGUUGCUGGGAGCAGAACAAGGGAACACUUAACUCCAAGCUCACCUCAUUGGCUAACAACUGUGUUCUCAACAACCUGACCCAUCAGAGGAGAAACAUGAACAGCAGACUGCCCAAAGCCAGAUAGUAUUCCUCCUCCACUUCACUCCAGAUCCCUACAUAAAAAAAGAUACGAGUAUUUGUAUGCAAUGUUUUAACCUAAGGAAUAAGUUAGACUUUAGGUAUAAUGGAUUCUUGAAAUCUUUUUAUUUCUCAUUAAAGGUGCACAGCAGUCUA